GAGGGUGCAGGCAUGGAGGGCGGCGGGCAGAGCCCAGCCCCGGCCGUGCCCCCGGGCCAGCCCCAGCGGGACCAUCUGCAGCUCCUGCUGCGCCGCAGCCGGGAGGCCAAAAACUGCGCCUACUGCCCCUACAGCCGCUUCCCGGUGGGAGCCGCGCUGCUCACGGCUGGGGGGGAGAUCUUCUCCGGGUGCAACGUGGAGAAUGCCUGCUACAGCCUGGGGAUGUGUGCUGAGCGAGCUGCCAUCCAAAAAGCCAUCUCCGAGGGGCACACCAGCUUCAAGGCCAUGGCCAUUGCCAGUGACAUGGGGGACUUCAUCACACCCUGUGGCGCCUGCAGACAAGUGAUGAGAGAGUUUGGCACGGACUGGGAUGUCUACCUGACCAAAGCAGAUGGCACCUACAUUGUCAAGAGGCUGGAGGAGCUGCUGCCGCUCUCUUUUGGCCCUGAGGACCUGAAGAAGGUGUGAGCAGAGUGGUCACCACCAGCCUUUGCCCCUGGGGCAGCAGAGGAGGAUGGUUUCCCCCAAUUUCCUCGGCGAGUAAGAGGCUUUUGGGGGACGACACAAUGGGAAAUGCAUUUGUAGUGUUGAGUUACCUGUUCCUCUCACCUCCUGAUUCAGCACUGAUUUUCAGACACUGGCUCCACCUCCCCCUGAGGAAACAACAAAAUCAAAUCAUGGAAGUUCCCUGUUAUUAGUAAAAAAAAUGUCCAGAUAUCCCUAUAGGCAAGGAAGGAGUCGAGUUUGAUGCAUGGCUCAAGUUCGGGCUUGUUGAUACAGAAACAACUCCGAAAUAAUGCAAAAUCAUUGCUUGGGAAAAUUCUGGAUUCUCCAGCUCUGAAGAGAUGUGAAAGCCAAAAGGAAAAGCUCCAUCAGCCCCAGCAGUGAUUAAUGAGCCAGUCCAGAUUAGGUGGAUUGCUGGAAUGGGAUGGUUCUUGCACUGAGCGUGUCCUUUGCUCCUUUCUCUCCAGCUUGUUUUCCUUGCUUUUAUUCCAUUUAUGGGGGGAGAAGAGAAUGAGGAAUUUUUGAUUGCUUCUGCAGGGUUUUGUGCCUCCAGAGUGGUGCCAUUUGCUGAUUGAUUUAAUUACGCACAAUGACAAAUGAAUGUGUGAUAUUUCCCAACCAACGCUGGGUUGGGCAUUUCAGCCCAUGCCCAAAUCAAAUAAAGGCCAUUCUGGUUUA